ACAAAGACAAUUUUUUUAAUAAAAAAAAUACAUAAUGGAUGAAAAAGUAGUGUAUGACAACAAGUAUUUGAAUACGAUUUUGAUUUUAAAUAGCAGAAGGACCCCACUCUAGAAGCAUUUCCCCCUGGCGUUGAUCCAGAUGAAUAACAUCAAAAGCGACUGUAGAGAGGUACUGUCUCUGGUAGUGGCUGGGCCAAAUGAUCAAACAGUUCCUUUCUUCACCCUCAAACAAGGAAAAGACAUUAUCUUAGGUCGCCUGCACUGCACUGCACCCAUAACUUCACUUAUCCAAUCUAUUCUAAUUCCUACUUUAGUCUUUGUCAACACGUCCCUUUAUUGCUCUUUAUAUUCCAAACUCUCUCUGUCACUCCACUCUGCCACACAUCCACAUUACCCUCAAAAUAAUUUCACUUACAUUUUCCCUAUAAAUCCCAUUCCUGUUACUCAUAAGUAUUCAACCAAACCUUGUACCUUUCCUCAGAUGGCCACAAAUACUGCCACCCCUCAGGAGAAAAAACUGGAACAAUUGAAAGAAGAAGAGGGAGAAGAGGAAGAUGAAGAAGAAGAAAUUGAAGCAUUGUCACUUUGCGAUCUCCCCGUCAAUCUCAUCAACGAUGAGACUCAACCAAAACCCGAACCAGAUUCUCAGAUCAUAGAAACUCGAGAAGAUUUUGAUUUCCGCUUAUGGGGUACCCCUUUUUCCUCAGAAUCAGAAAUGUGUGCUGCUGAUGAAGUUUUCUUUCAAGGUCAGAUUCUCCCCUUGCGUCUCUCGUUAAAGCGAUGUCAAUCAAGGUCCGAGUCCUUGGGUCAUGGUUCUCUGAGAGAGUUUCGUAGCAAUAGCAGUAGAAGCAGCAGCAUAAGAAGCCAGAACUCAACUAGUAGCAGCUCUUCCACCUCCACCACAACCCCAGGAAUUUCCAAACCCAGACCUCAAAAUCAAAAUCAAAAUCAUUUCCAUGCUCAUCCAAGUCCCCAACCUCAAUUGAAGGUAACCAUUCCAAGACAAACAAGCUUCGGUAAUCAAGGUAGAAAAUCAUCUGCAUGGGACUUUUUCCGUUUGGGUGUGGUGCCUGCACCCGAGAUAGCAUUGCAAGAUCUCAAAGUCCGCAGCACCAACGGUAAUAACAAAAAUCACAUAGCUCGCAACAAUAGCAGUAACAACAGCAGCAACAAUAGUAAUAGCGCUGUAAAAAGGAGUUACAGCGCUAAGGGAAAUCACGUUUUGAAACAAUUUGUUGGUAUAGGUGGUGGCUUUUGGAGUGGUUGCAAAUGUUCAGUUGAAACAGUGCAAUCGAACAUUACCAUGAUUAAGGGUAGUACUAAAAGCGCCAACAAGACCGAAAGCGUAACGCACGCGAUGAAAGAAAAAGCGGUCGAAAGGAAGAAGCAGAAACAGAGACAAAAGCAAGGAAAGAGGACCAUGUCGCGUCGUCGAACGUUUGAAUGGAUAAAGGAGCUUUCGCAUGAUGCAAGCUAUGCCGAUGAUGAGACUUUGUUAUCUAAAUCUUAAACGCUUUAGCUCAGAGCAUGCUUUUAAAUUUUUUUUUAUUAUUGGGUUAGAUUGCCUUUAUAGCCGUUGGCUUUUGUUUUUGUUCUUAAAUUUCAUCAUUGCGAUCGAGAGUGGAGACUCUGUAAUCAAAAUUUCUUACCGUCGUGAGAAUGAUAGUUUUUCUUUUUU